AGUCAUUCGCCAACGAGUCGCAGAGCGGAGCAAAGGUCUCGCAGCGGAAACGGAUAUAAACCAACGGCACCAAAUGAACAAGGAGUUCAUCACACAGGGCGGCACGCCCAUAACAUCCGAAUUGGCAACGGAUCUGCGCAAUCUUAUCUUUGGCACCGCAGCCAUUCCCAUGCGCGCCGAGUGGCUGCAGACGUCGUUUGUCUUUGGUGCACCCAAAGAGGAGCUGGCAUACGGCCUGCGAUCGCCGCGGAAUGCCACGCGUGGAUUGCUCUCCGUUGUCCAGGGAUUUGUGCUCAAGUACUUGCUGUUCGCGCGCAAGACCAGCCGUGUGGCUGCCCUCACCGACCCUCUCCUAGCCAACGCCGAGAUGCAGCGAGAGGCUCUCUUCUGUGCCUUGGUGGAGAUUCUCCGCACCAUUUCGGACAAGGGUAAGGUGACCAUGGUGCUGCCAUCAGAGGAUGAGGUCUUUGUGGAUCACACUGCCAGCUACUUUCAUGAUUCGGUCACCGAGAAGCUCUAUGUCUUCACCCUGUCGCCCAAUGAGGAGUUGGAGCAUUUUAUGAAGCGAAAUUUCAAAUAUUUUUCAGAGGAGGAGACGCCCGGCACUCUGCUGUUUCUUUAUAGCGCCGUGCUGACACGUUCCAUGGGAAAAGUGCGCACGGACCUGGACUCCUCAAAGUCCUCGCCGCUGACAAGUAGCAACCAUGAGGAGGGCUCGCUGAUGAUUGUCACCUUGCUGCUGACGGGACGUGCCACGCCCUACAUACACAACGGCGUCGUCAAUGUGGGCGAUGAGAGUAGCUAUGCGGUACCACAAUACGGAGUGCUGAAACGCUGCAUGAUCGGUCUGCUGCUCUGGGACAUUGAAUCCACUAGCGCAGCGGUAAAUCAAUCGAGACAGCCGGGAUCACGCCUCAAGACGCCCAACUAUCCCAUUUGGGUGACGAGCUGCACGGGGCACUACGGCGUGGUGUUCAAUCGCAAUUCGGAUCUGCUGCGCAACUAUCACGCAGAGUCGCGCUUCGAUGUGAAUUAUUACAGCUGUUCGGGUCAUCAGAUACAGAUGACCAUCGACAAUCGCACGUACAAUGAGCAGGCAUUGGUCAUGUUGGAGCGGCAACCAAUCACACCGGAGGGUACCUCGAUGGCGGGCAAGCCAGCCGGAAAGGAUGGAGAAGCGAAUGCUGCUGUGGCUACAGCGGCCGCUGCUCCCAGUCCGGUUGGAGGUGCUGGUACUGCCGGUGGCGGUGUGGGUGCCGCUAGCGGCGGCGGUGUUGGUGGUGCUGCUAGUGGCGCUAGCGGUAGUAGCGAUGUGGUCGCCAAGGAGGAGUCAACGCUCAACACGCCGUUGCAGCGUUUGAUUCGUACCAAGUGGGAAGAGGCAACUAUAAGCUUUCACGUGCAGCCAUCGAUGUUGAGUUAUCUUUUUAGUACCACACAGUAGAGUGCACCCCAGAGAGAUUCCAUAGCUUUCGUGUCGAUCCCUGUUAGUCCUUGUUGUCCGCAUGUAAGCUUGGUAUGUUGUCUCUUGAUCUAUGAUAUUAAUCAUUCACUUUCUUGGCGAAUGACCAAUGCGCCGAACUCAGAACAAAUACAGGUUCCAGUAGGGCAUCAUAGAUGAUAGUUUUCUUCUACUUCCACAGCUAGAAUAGAGCAAGGUUUAGCAAGGUAUUAAGAUGUUUUCAAUGAAAUAGUUUACCUGUUUGAUAGGCUAUAGAAAGGAUAGGAUUAUAUUAGUUAUAGAUUAGAGUAGUGCCCAGUUUAGUGCCAUUUAAUGUAAGCUUUUUAGAUGAUGCACAACUGUCCUGCUGCACUCUUUCCUAGUAGAAUUCAGUAGAAAUUGGUACUCUAAAAAGAUACAAACCAAAAAGUGAACAGCGAUGGCAAAUACACGUAAAAUAUUGCAAGUAACUGAAUCGAAAUGCGAACCAGCUGAAUAGUUGAGCAAACCAUUCAGCAAAUCUGCUGGGACGACGAAGGCCUCUCUCUUAACGCACAGAGCGACUGCAGGAGCUUGAUUGAUGCUGCCGUCUGGAGCCACUAGUUCAUAGUUAACUCUAAUUUAAAUAUUAGUAAAGAUCACCAACACGCUUCGAUUGCUACAGUUGCACUUU